UUGGACCACCAUAAGUUCUCAAUUGCCUGGUUACCACCACAAAGCCAGUGGCGCAAUCUUCGUAAAGUAUGCAAAGAGCAUAUCUUUUCAUCAGAAAGGCUCAACGCCAGUCAAGGGCUCCGCCAACAAAAGGUUCAGCAACUGUGCAAUUAUGUAGGCCAACGCUGUCUCAAUGGACAGGCCAUAGAUAUUGGUGAAGCUGCCUUCUCAACAACUCUCGACUUGAUGUGGAACACUUUCUUCUCGGUUGAUUUUGCACAAUCCGAUUCUAUAUCUAACUCUUUCUCGUCUCAAGAGGUGAAAGAAAUGGUACGGAAUGCGGUCAAAAUUUCUUCUUGUCCUAAUCUCGUGGACUGUUUUCCCAUCCUCAGAGCAAUUGAUCCGCAGGGCAUAAGGCGCAGAGCCAAGGUACAUUUGGGAAAGUUUCUUGAUAUUAUAGAUGGUAUCAUUCGUCAGAGAUCACAAGAAAGAGACACAUCCAACACUUAUCAAAGGAAAAAUGAUUUCUUGGAAGCCCUUCUUGAUCUUAAUCAGCAAAAUGAAUCUGUAGACAUGAAACAUUUGAUUAUGGAUUUAUUCGUUGGAGGGACAGAAACAAGUUCAAUCAGCGUGGAGUGGAUAAUGGCAGAGUUACUACGCAACCCUGAAAAAAAAUCAAAAGCUAGGGACGAGAUCAGGAAAGUUAUUGGACAAAACGAGCUGGUUCAAGAAUCAGAUAUCUCAAAUCUCCCUUACUUGCAGUCGGUCAUUAAAGAAACCUUUCGUCUUCGCCCUACUGUCCCAUUCCUAGCUCACCAAGCUCAAAGUGACACGCAACUCAAUGGAUACGUGGUGCCAAAAAAUGCUGAUGUAUUUGUUAACUUGUGGGGUAUGGGCAGGGAUCCAAGCUUGUGGUCAGAUCCUACUUCAUUCGUGCCUGAACGUUUCAUGGAUGGUGAGAUUGAUAUGAAGGGCCAGCAUUUUCAGCUCCUUCCCUUUGGCACGGGAAGAAGAAUUUGUGCUGGACUACCACUGGCCGAUCGAAUGGUGCACCUUAUGGUGGCUUCUUUGCUUCAUAAAUUUGAGUGGAAGCUUGAAGAAGGGAUCAAACCAGAAGAAAUUGACAUGACCGAAGAGUUUGGAGGUACAAUACGCAAGGCAGUGCCCCUUAAGGCUAUUGCUCUUUCGGAACCAUAAUGUAAUGGUUAUUCAGCAAUCUUCAGCUAAACCUGUCUCAAUCAUGAAAGUCCAAGACAGGAGAGGAUCCAUAUUUGCCUUCACUUGUCACAGACAAUCCAAUAAUUAUUGAAACGCAUAGCAUGUUAAAGUUUAAUACAGCAACGAAUAUAGGUAUCGUUCUAUCAAUAUCUAAUAAUGGUAAGAAGCAAAGUUUUAAAACUCUGCUCGGGCUGCUCAAUCGAACCGGUUGAACCAUCAAUCUUGUUGUUGUUCGAGCUGGUUGACGUCCAACCCUGGAAGGUUCAGAAAACCGCUUUAAAUGUUGCAGUAAAAUAGUUAACUCGUCCGGUAUUGGACUGUUCAUCUGAUGAAUUGGAACGGUUUUUUAUUAAACCAGUUCGGUUCUUGACUUGAACAUUUUAUGCCUAG